GACGUUAACCUAACAAACGGCUAAACGGAACGUAACGUCAAAACUUAGAACACCCUCGUGGUUUGUUUACAAACUUUUCACAUCUUAAAAAUAACAAAACUAAAAUGAGUUUUAGAAAUUAUAAAGAUAAAAUUGAAGAAGGCGAUACUGUAAUCCUUUAUCUAAGUAACAACCUGUAUGCAUUAGAUGUACAGCGUGAAAUUAAAAAUAAGAAGGGUGAAAUGAUUGAAAAUGUGUACCAAACUCCUUUCGGGGCUCUUAAAGUUAAAACUCUUAUUGGGGCUGACUAUGGGACUAAGAUUGAGCUAACGAAAGGCUGGGGCCAUGUACUCCAACCAACUCCUGAACUGUGGUCGCUGACAUUACCUCAUCGCACUCAAAUUAUCUACACUCCAGACAUUAGCAUGAUCCUAUUACAACUUGAUUUGGUGCCCGGAUGUGUGGUAGUAGAAGCUGGUACUGGCAGUGGUUCAUUGACCCAUGCCCUUAUAAGGAGGGUCAGACCACAUGGUCACGUCUACACAUUUGACUUCCAUGAACACAGAGCUAAGAUUGCACAAGAAGAGUUCAAAGAUCACGGAUUAGCUGACUUUGUUACUGCCAAACACAGGGACGUCCUUGCAGAAGGCUUUGACAAAGAUUUGAAUGGUAAAGCUGAUGCCGUCUUCCUGGACCUGCCCAGUCCGUGGCUCGGAGUCCCUCACGCUUUAGCUGCUAUUAAGGAAGAAGGUGGCAGAUUUUGUUCGUUCUCACCUUGCAUCGAGCAAGUACAAAGAACAUGCCUUGCGUUACAAGAGCACGGGUUCCAAGAGAUUACUACUAUGGAAGUGCUGCAGAGUGAGAUCAAAGUCUCCAGAAGAACUGUUCCAGUCAGGGAUCUAUCCUUCCUGAAACAAAAGAGCUCAAUAUCUCCAGUUGAAGAGAAGCCGAGCAGUGAGACGAGCUACGUGGUGGGCGCCUUGCCGCAGAGCAACCCCGGACACACUGGCUACCUCACCGUCGCCACAUUACCGCCGGUGUAUGUGCGCGGUAAAUCGAAGAAAGAUGACGACAACAUAUCAUCUGAAAAUGGCGAGAAGAUGGUUGUUGAUGAAAAUGUAUGAUUAUUGUAAAUGUUAAGACUACAUUAAGUAUUAAAAAUGAUUCUAAACUC